AUGGCGAAGCUGGAGAUUUUGGUUGCUAUUGCUGUUGCUGUUUUCCUGGAGACGGUCUCUGCGACCUCUCUCGGGGUGGUGACCACAGAGGGAGGGAUGGUGCAGGGCGAGAACCUUCGUCUUGGGUUCCGUCGUCACAUGGAUCGCUUCAGGGGGAUUCCCUUUGCUGACAUUCCCGUGAGAUUCCAGAAACCUCAGAGUCACCCUGGCUGGGAAGGUAUUUUGAAGACUACAGAGUACAGGAAGAGAUGCCUUCAGUUGAACCCUCUCCAGACGGACACCAUGGGCAGUGAAGACUGUCUCUACCUCAACAUCUGGGUUCCUCAUGGCAGUUCAGUGUCCACCAAUCUGCCCGUCAUGGUCUGGAUCUAUGGAGGCGGCUUCCUGGUUGGAGGCUCAAUGGGUGCCAACUUCUGGGAUAACUAUCUAUAUGACGGGCAGGAGAUUGCAGACAGAGGAGACGUUAUCGUGGUGACACUGGGCUACCGUGUGGGACCUAUGGGCUUCCUGAGUACAGGAGACUCUGACAUGCCCGGAAAUUAUGGUCUGUGGGACCAGCAAGCUGCCAUUGCCUGGGUUCACAGGAACAUCCGUGCAUUUGGAGGAAAUCCUGACAACAUCACCAUCUUCGGAGAGUCUGCAGGUGGAGCGAGUGUUAGCUUCCAGACUCUCACCCCUCAUAACAAAGGAAUAAUCAAGAGAGCCAUCUCCCAGAGUGGUGUCGCCCUCUGUCCGUGGGCAGUCAACAAAAACCCCCGCAAGUAUGCAGAGGAGGUUGCUCUCAAGGUCAACUGCCCCACCGAUAGCAGAAUGGCAUCCUGUUUGAAGAUGACUGAUCCAGUGAUCCUGACAAUGGCAACCACUGUCAAAUUGUUUGGUUCCCCAGAUCAUCCCAUUGUGAACAACUUGGCCCUGGCUGCCACCGUCGAUGGCGACUUCCUGCCAGAUGAGCCUCAGAACUUGUUCCACAACGCGGCGGAGAUCGACUACAUCGCUGGAGCCAACGACAUGGACGGACAUCUUUUCACUAGCUUAGAUGUUCCCUCUGUCAACUCUCAGCUGUUGGACACUGACCCUGAGGACGUGAAGAGACUGUUGGCUUCCUACACAAAGGAAAAGGGCAGUGCUGGUGUCGCUGAGGCGUACUCUACCUACACUUCAUACUGGGGAAACAAACCCAGCAGGGAGACCAUCAAGAAAACUGUUGUGGCCAUUGGAACAGACUACAUCUUUCUGGUUCCUACUCAGACUGCUCUUUAUCUUCACGCUGCAGCAGCCACAACUGGACGCACAUACUCAUAUCUCUUUUCUGAGCCCAACCGUAUGGGUGGUCUUCUCACGCCUUAUCCCAGCUGGAUGGGAGCCGAUCACACUGAUGACUUGCAGUAUGUGUUCGGAAAGCCUUUCUCCACACCACUGGGAUACUGGCCUAGCCAUCGCGACAUCUCAGGCUACAUGAUCGCCUACUGGACCAACUUUGCCAAAACUGGGGACCCCAACAGUGGAGACCUGAAAGUGCCUGUCGCUUGGCCCAAAUUCAACAACAAUACACACCAGUUUCUGGAACUCAAUCAUAAUACAGACAUAAACUCUGUCAGGCAGCAGCAGAGGCUGCGUUACGUACAUUUCUGGACCAGUGUGCUUCAAAGCCUGCCCUCCCUCAUCUCAGAAUAA